AUGCCAGAUUACCAAAUAGAUCCAAUAAUUAAUGAAAUACCGUUGAAAGAUGAUGAGAUCAUACUGGCAAUCGAGUCAUACGAGCGUAGCGUAUAUAUAGGCACUUCAAAAGGGAAUUUACUUCAAUUUUACAAGUUUGAGGAUGCACCAAACUAUAUGCUUAUUACGCAGCAACAGAUUGCAAAUACGUCAAAGGAGGUUACUAGAAUAGUUUGUCUUUCGGUGAUUCAGAAAUUGUUGGUAAUAUGCGACAACUCGAUUGAGGUUUUUACGUUGCCAGAGAUGGCGCCGUUUUCAACAGUCACCAAGCUCAAAGGUGUGCGAAACGUUAGUGUUAUGGAAGAUGGCGCUUCGAUAUUGGCAUUGAGGAGUUCCAUAGUGCAAGUUGUGCGAUUAGACGGUAAUCGGUGGAAAAUUAUAGGGGAGAUCAAGUUCUCAUUAGGUUUGAUAUCUACAUCGCCUUUAAACGAUAUGUUUUUGAUUGCUAAUGAAGAAUCUUAUUUUAUUCAAAAUAUUGCUCAUGAAAGCACACUCCCGCUUUUUGCUUACAAAUCUGGAACUGGCCAACACAAUGUGCCACCACAUAUCGAACUCUUUGACACUUUGGAAGCUAAAGAGUAUCUUUUAACGAUUCUGUCGGAUGAAAAUACAUCAAUGGCUGUGUUUAUCAACAGUAUUGGAGAUGUUACUAGAGGCACGUUAACAUGGGUCAAUCAUGGCUACCCCUGUGGCGGUGUAGCUGUCGAGUGGCCACAUGUCUUUGCGGUAUUCAAGGAUAUCCUUGUUUUGUCCUCUUUGGAAAGUCUAGAGAACAUUCUUGUUACAAGCUUGCAAGAGUCCAGAAAAUCGCAAGAAGUCAAAAGUGAUAGUAAUCAGCGAACGAAUGAGAAAACUACAGAUACAGCAGCAGCAGCAGCAUCAUCAUCAUCAGCAGUAACAACAGCACCGUCAGCAGAAGCACCACCAUCACCAAGGGCAAGUUUCCAUAUACAAAAAUCAAAAAUACAUUACAAUGAUUUGCUUGUGGAGGAGCUUGUUGGAACACCUGAAUCCAGCGACUGCGAGUUGCUUUUGUUCAGCGAAAGAAAUGUGUAUGCAUUGCAUAGAGAGAGUCCUGUAUUAUUAAUGCAUAAAGCAUUUCAAUCUGCAUUGAGCUCUGACAAUUUUGAUAAAGUGUUUCAAAUUGAAAACGACUCUGAUUAUGGGCAACACUUGUUGCUUCUUUCAUGCUUUUUGUCGGAAAAGGACCCAUUUGAUAUCUUAAAGAAACGAAAGGACAACCAAAAAUUGGUUAUCUCACCAAACUUGGCUGUUCGAUUACUUGGAGCUGACUGUCCUUAUGAAACAUAUCCCGGACUUGCAGAGGUUACUAAUAAUUGGGAUUUUUCAGAUGAUAACAUGUUGAAAAAGUAUUUAGAGCAAUUGACACCUUUGGAAGUAUCGCUAGAAGUGAGAAAACUCGUUUAUCGUUUAUGCUCGCAUGAUAGUAUUGACAAAUUUGUUGACAAAGAUAGUUGGACAAAUUCAGCAUAUGAUAAAGAAAUUAUAGAGGAUUUGGUUCAUCGACUGGAGGUGUUACUAGCUUCAAAAGCAUAUGGUUUGAUGCCAAAUAAUUCAGAUACAACAAGGGGGUAUUACGACUUUCUAAUGAAACAUUUGGAACCAAAUCUUGUUGAUGAUGCUAUUGCGUUUCUUUCAAAGGGAUCACUUGGAGAGAAAGAGUAUACUGAUAUAAUUCUUACACUAAUAAAAUUGAACAAAGAGAAAAUAUACCUUUAUAUGAGAAAGUCUGAUAAAUACCUUGAAAUAAAUAGAAGGAUUCUUGCCGAACUUUCGGAUGACCUGAAAGGAGAGGUGGAUUUUGCUUUGAUUCAAAUUGAGUUGCUUGAAAGAUCAUGGUCAAGAGACAAUACCUUAUAUGAUGAAUUAUUUUUGACGAUUUGCAAUGCCUUAACUUUUUUGUAUGUCGAAAACAGUGCCGUUGAGCGAUAUUUCACAGAAGCUCGUGACAACUAUCAAAAGUUAAACUCUCUUGUUGUUGACAAGUGGCCAAAGAUUUUUUGGAUCGAUUACCUAGAGCUCGUACGGCAACCCGAGUUGACCUCCUUUAUCAGCUUAUACACAAAGUCAUUUGAAAUGGCUAUUCUGGGUCCAGUGAAACUACCUGACCAUCAACUUUUCCACUAUCACAAGAUAUACAAAGAAGCAAACCUACAACAGUUGCUAGAAUUUGGGGAUUUCUCGACUGCCGAGAAACUUGUACUGGGACAAAUGGUGAGACCGCAGAAGGUGCAUUACUCUCAGCUAAUACCACAAGUGGAAAGCAAAAGAGAUGAAGAAAGUCUUUUGCAGAUUUUCAAGUACUACCUAAAGAUGUAUCUGGAAGGACAACCUGUUGAGCCUGCAAUUCAGCAUUUUACAGAAACCUACGAGACAUACCUCCCAACACUUCAACUAAUCAAACUACUACCAGACUCGAUUCCAUUAGCAUUUUUAACAACGUUUCUCAAAAACGCCUUGCAAAGAUUAAAGUCCAACGGGCGAGAAAAAUUAUUAAUCAAGGGUAUACUAAAAUCUGAAGCUUCACAAAAUAAGCAUCUAAUAAACGACUUUUCAUAG